GUAGCGUAGUUUGUGACCAUGGGAACUAUCCCAAACAGUUUGCGGACAAGUGCGAGAUCUUUUCGUCCGAGAUUUGAGUUGUACAGAAUAUUGGCACGGAGAGAGAUUCACCUCACGUUUCGGUCAAUGCGAACACGAAAGGAGAAGGCAUGGGCUUCUGUUCAACGUAAAAUUUAAAAAACUGAAUAAAAUUAAAGAAACAGGAGCACAGCGAUGUCCUCGCCCAAGAGGGAUGUCCGACACAGGUCCCCCACCGUCCCAGGAUGCACGGCGUGGCCAGGCCUUCCGGUCAAGUCCGGCGACCAUAGAAGUCCCGUAAGGUCUCCCAGGGUGAUGUCCCUGCCUCUGCUGGCCCCUGCGGAAUCGGGCGGGCGCCCCCCUCACGCUCGCCCCUCCCCGGCCUUCAUGCGGGGGCCCCGGCCCGGGCGUCCCCUCUCCCCCGCGAGGUUCUCGCCCGUCCUGCCUGCCCUGUCCACGGCCGAGCUCCCCCGCCUGGUGGCGGAGGUGGGCCCCGGGGUGGCCGCGGGGGACUGCCUGUGGACCGAGGGGCCCCGGCUGAUGGCCUCCGCUUUAGGGGUGCACAUCCCCCUCAGCCCCACACAGCUGUCCUGCGAAGAGGAGCCCGCGGUGGGGAGUGUUACAGAUGAAGACACACCCAUGGAACAAGAGGAGCCUGCAGCCAUUUUGAGAACAGUGAGGAAGACUGAGCUGAGACUGGAGCCGCUGACGGGCAUGGAGGUGGCGGACAUUUUCCUGAAGAAGAGGCUCUUGGGAAAGGCUCAGUUUGUUCAUCUGAAGGCCAUGGAAGGCAAUGGGGCUUUUAGACCCUACGACCUUCGUGCGGUCCCCCAAGACCAGGCCGGGCCGGAGCACUACAUCUUCUCCCCUUCCUCGGUGCUGCACGUACGGCACGGGACGGGCGGCGUGGGGUUCCAGACCCUGGGGGACUGGCACCGGGAGGCCCUGCAGUGGAACCUCCUCCAGGACCUCCCCUUCUUCAGAAACUUCCGGCUGCGCAGGGCUUUCACCUGGUGGCACGGGAAUGUGCGGCGGAACCUCCUCCGGAGAGCCCGGGACCUCCUGCAGGAGCAGCUGCUGAUCGCAGUUCCCCAGUUUAGGGAGGCCCUCCUGCAGGUGUCCAGGUUGAUUGAGGAGCUCAAGCAGGUUCACUGGCUCCCCCAGGAUGACUCCCGGUCUUACACACUUCAGGAGUUCCACAGCGCCCUCGUGUGGCAGAAUAAGGAAUCGCGGGCCCUGCUGGGGAAAUUUCUGCAGUACCGAUCGCUUAUACUGAACAUGGUGCGGGAGGACAGCUGCAGGACGCGUCAGGACCUCCAGGAGCAGGUGGAGCGGGCGGAGCAGGACCAGCCGGCCCGGCCCGGUCAGCCGCUCCACCUGCGGCGGGCCCACCGGCACCGCCUGCGCCGGGCCCUGCACCGGGCCGAGGGCGCCGCCAAGCGCCUCGCCAACGUGGCCGCCCUCGUCGAUCACAUGACCGUGCAGAGCCUGGCGACCGUCGCCCGCCGCGAGGUCACCGCCUUCCUCCGAAACGUGGUGACGAGGAGCCGGCUGGAGCAGGGUGGCCUCUUCCUGACGGAGCUGGUUUUCGGGACGGAGGGUCAGCUUGCCCCGGUCCCGCCCGUGCACCUGCUCCAGGAGGCCCUGCAGGGGGCGCUGUGCUCUGUGGCUGACUCUGUACUGCAGGUGAUUGACAGUAACUUGUCGUCCGGGUCGAAAGACUGGGUGGCAGAGGGCACCCCCCUCGCUGAUGCCCCUCAGGACCUGACCCCUGACCCCAGCCCGCCUGGUAAUAACGGGGUGUCUGGCACCACGGAGCCCUGGGGGGCGAAUGGUGCACUCAGGAAUGUGAUGCCCCGCCCUGUGUCCCCUGCCAAACUGGUGCUGCCUAACGCAGCUACCCCCAGGGUGGAGGGGCAGAGACUGCGGGGACACUGUUACCCCCUGUCCCGCCCGGCCCUGCUGUGGCAGCUCACUGCCAGCGUGGGGGAGCAGGAGGCCCAGGGAGAGCUGGCCCGGAUCACUCAGGAGGCCCAGCAGGAGGUGCAGCAGCUGUGCGACGGGUUCUCCUGGCUGGGGGAGGUCCAGCGGAGCUGCAGCCUGUGGAGCUCGGCCAGCCUGGAGGCCAUGAGGGGGUGGCCCUCCCAGCGCUACCGGGAGCACAUCCAGAGAGUGCAGGCCUGGGCUGGGAGACUGCGCUCCCUGCCUGCCUGCUUCACCACCUCCAACAGGCUCAUCACCGUACGCUGCUCCCACACACGGGAGGAAAUAGGUCCUCAGCUGGCCUCCAUGGAGGAGGAGGUGCUGACUCUCCUGCAGGAGGAGGUGCAGCAGCGCUCAGAGGCUUUGGUGUCCCAGCUGAAGACAGCAGCUGACUGGCUGAGGGCUGAACCGACUGAUUUGGACGGCUUUUCGCAAUACGCCAGCAGGGUGAAGCAGUGUGAGAGGCAGUGCGCUGACCUGCAGAGUCAGGGCCAGUACCUGCGGUCUCUCAGGGAGACCCUGCGUCUCAGCUCCAGGUCCACCAGGCCGGAUGCAGUGGUGCUGGAGGCCCAGGUGCAGGACGGCUGGAAUCAGUUCCUGCCGCUGCUGCAGCGAGCCGGGGAGGUUGUGAGGCAGCGCUCGCCUAAGAUGGCCGACGCCCUGGACCGGACCGUCUCCUCCCUGACCCAGGAGCUGCAGGGCCUGGUGUCCCGGGCCACCUCCGGCCCCUACGUGGACCCCACCCAGGAGAGCGCGGCCAUGGUGGCCCGACUGCAGACCAUACACGGCCAGUUCUGCGCAGUCGCUGCGCAGCUGGAGCAGAUGAAGGAGGCCAGCGGGGUCAUCAGCAAUGGGGAAAAGCCCCUGGACAUAUCCUUUGUGACAGAAGGGAGGCAGAAGUUGGAAGACCGCAAAGCAUUGUGGGAACUGCUGAGUGUGUCUGCUUCUUACAUUCAUGAGUGGAGACAGCUUCUUUUCAGCAAGUUUGUGGUACUCCGGGCCCAGGAGAAAGUGGACAGGUGGCUGCAGCAGGCUGUGUUAUUGGAGAGGACAGUCCCUCCGUGUGACAUGGUGCUCAAGCACGUCCUGCAGCUCCUGGAGGGCUUCAGGCAACAGCUCCCCCUGCUGGCCGAGCUCAGCAGCCCCACGCUCAGACGCAAACACUGGGGGAACAUCUUCAAAGGCAUGGAGUUGCUCUCUACGCCAGAGAGGGAUAUUACCGUUGCUGAUCUUCUGUCCACAAACCUGCUGCACCACCAGAACAUGAUAAUCAAGGUGUGCCAGGAGGCGAGGGCGGAGGCGGACGUGGAGAGAGCCUUCCUGGAACUCUCUGCAGCGGCGAAGAGGAGGAGAGCCUGCGCGUGGCUAACUUCCUCCUGGUCACGCCGCGGCGAAGAGGACAGCGCACCCAGCCUGGAGUGGGGGAACGAGGCGCGGGGAGGAUCUCGAUCGGUGGAGUUCAGACGGGAGGUGGAGCACUGGGUGCAGCAGCUGCAGGAGCUGGAGGAGCUUUUGGAUAUCUGGAAAAGGUACCAGCUGAAAUGGACCUACCUGAGCAAAAUGUUUCACGAGUUUGGAGUCAUUACUCAGAAACCAGAGCUGUACCAGCGGUUCCUCCCGGUGGAUGGCACGUACCGGGAGAUGAUCGAGACCGUGUCGAGGGACCCGCGGGUGCUGAACUUCGCCCAGCUGGGGCACGGGCAUCCGGGCCUGCGGGCGUUGCUGGCGGAGGGGCUCACCGCCAUGGAGGAGAUCUCCGCCGAGCUGCUGCACCUCCUGGAGGAGCCGCGCGGCCAGUUCCCCCGCCUCCGCUUCCUGAGCGACGGGGAGGUGACGGAGCUCCUCUCCCUUCACCCCGAGCCCUCCGGCUUGCUUCCACUGGUGCGCAAAUGCUUCCAGGGGGUGCAGGAGCUGGACGUGGCCUACGGAGUCCAGGAGAGCCCUGACGAGGAAGAAGACCUUCCCAGUGCCCAGCCGUGGGUGAGGGGUGUUUUUGGGGGCCUGGGGGAGAGGCUGCCCUUCCUCUGCCCCGUGGGGCCCAGCCUGGACCCCCUGGCCUGGCUGCGGCAGCUGGAGCAGCAGCUGCAUCGCGCCAUGGUGCAGCUCAUGGCGGAUUGUGCCGUCGCCCGGCAACGGUGUCGGGGGGAGCAGGGGGGCAAGCACCUGCACCGGGACCAGGUCCAGCGCCAGGAGGGUGACCAAAAAAUCAGGGACACCCUGUCGCUUGACCCUCAGCACCCCUGCGUUCCGUUAAACUCUUCAGCCCAGGAUGUCUUGAAGGACUCGAGGGAAGUCGACAGGUCCCCCUCCCUGUGGGACCUCAUCUCCGGCUUCCCCCUGCAGUGCCUCCUGGUGGCGGAAGAAGCGCUAUGGUGCGAGGAGGUCCGGCGGGCUUUCCGGAGUCCGGCGCCGGCCAAGCGGGCCCUGCUGAAGGCUCACUACGACGCCAAACUGCAGGGCCUGUGCCAGCUCGUUCGGGACGCGAGCGUGGGCCGCAGCGAGAGGUCGUCGGGGUCGCGGCGGGCGGCGGCCGCGUUGCGCGCCAUGACGCUUCUCUCCAUCAAGCACUCCCGGCAGCUCUCGGGCCUGGCGGCGCUCGAGUGUCAGCUGGAGUCCUCUUUCGAGUGGCAGCGCCUGAUGAAGUACCACCUGAGUGCGGAUGACCACGGCGGUCCGGGGUUAGGUUCGACUGUGGCGCCGGCAGACGGUGACUCCAGGGGGGUGUCCUGCUAUGUGGACGUCCUGAGCUCGCGUUUGCCGUACGGUUAUGAGCUCUUAAGCCCCGAAUGUUGGACGAUGGUUCACACCGCGUCCUCGGACCGAGCGGCUCUUGGGAUCAUCCUGGCCCUCGCCUGUUACAGGUGUGGCUUCGUCGGCGGGCCCAGCACGUCUGGGAAGACGGAGACGGCGGUGCACCUGGGGCAGGCCCUCGGUCGUCAUGUGGUCACCCUGCGCUGUUGCCCGGAGACGAGCGCCGCCGUCGUCCUGCAGAUGCUGACGGGCGCCCUGCAGACCGGCGCUUGGCUGCUGCUGGACUCCGCGGACUCCAUGUCCCAGGGUGCACUGUCUCUCCUGGGACAGCACCUCUCCGACAUCCACCACGGCUUCUCGUUUCUGCUGGGCCGUGACCAACAGCAACCAGGCAAGUGUGAGACAGAGCAUGAACAGACAGCAACAGCAAUGGCCCAGGACAGUAGCAAAGGUAGCACUGAACCUAUUGAGAUGCAGGUAACUUUGGGUGGGAAGACGGUUUCCGCCAAACUGGGCUAUGGCUGCGUUCUCCUCUCGUCGUCCAGGCGAGCGAUUGAGGUGCCGGAGAACCUUCGAAUCGCCACCAGACCCGUUUCCCUGCUCCAGCCUGACUACGGGGUCAUCGCCGAGGCCACGCUGGCCGCCUCGGGCUUCUCAGAGGCCGCAUCCAUGAGCCGUCGCUUGGUGUCGCUCCUCAGCCUGGCCAGAGAUUUGGCCUGCCUCCCAGAAUCCUCCUGCGCUGGUCCCACUUCCUGGCUGGUGCUCCUGACCCGAGUCCUAACCUUUGCUGGGAUACACCUGAACCAGAGCAUGAGAGUGGAGUGGGAAAAGGACAAGGUGCUGGAGGGGGACCAGGAGGCCCAAAGGCAGCUUCUCCGCCUGGUUCUGAGAGCUCCCGAGGGCUUGGGGGAUGGAGCCAAAGGCGCCCGCCCAGCCAAAUCCAGACGCGCCAACCAGUGCGUCAUCGUCCUGCAGGCCAUAGCCGAGGAGCAGGCCGUCAUCAAAGCCGUGGCGUUGGCGGUGGCGUCGGCCAUCGUUGACCCCGGGAAGGCCUGCCACUUCCACGCCAUCUUCGAGGAGAUGUUCCCCGGCGCCCGCUGCCCUCCGCGCCGCCUGCAGGGCAGAGAGGAGAAGCAGCAGGAGGCCCUGAAGGCGGCCGUGGUGGAGGAGCUGCAGGACGCCGGGCUCCAGCCCAGCCCCAGUGCGCUCUCCACCGCGCUGGCCCUGUACCGGGCCCUGAAGCUCUCGCGGGCCGUGGUUCUGCUGGGCCGGGCCGGGAGCGGGAAGACGACCUGCUACCGAGCCCUGGCCGGAGCUCUCCGGAGGCUGGCGGGCCGGGCGGCGGCGGAGGAGGACGGGCCCGGCGGAGGCCCCCCUGAGGCAGGCGAGGGCACGGGGACGGGGGCCCCCUCUCCAGCUCCCGCCUGGAGCUCUGUGGACACGGCGGUCGUCUUCCCCAACGCCCUGUCCACGGAGGAGCUCUGGGGCGGCUUCAGCGGGACGCGGGGCUGCUGGCGGGAUGGCGCCAUCACGAAGGCGCUGAGGGAGAGCCAGGAGCUCUCGAACACUAAGUCCCCGACCACCGAGUCCUCCAUCCCCCAUCCCCCCCAGAGGAGCAGGGGGCAGGGUGGGGGGCCACGCACGGCGAAGUGGCUGGUGCUGGACGGGGAGCCGCUGGGCCGGCCCGGCUGGCUGGACCCCCUCUGCAGCCUGUGCGAUCCCAAGGACCCCUUCCUGAGCCUCCCCACGGGGGAACAGCUGCGGCCGCCGCGGGAACGCGGGGAGCUGAAGGUGCUGGUGGAGGCGACGGGCCUGGAGGACGCGUCCCCGGCCGCGGUGGCGCGCUGCGGCCUGGUGCUCCACUCCGCGGAGGAGCUGUGGAGGGCCGUGUGGAGGGCCCAGCUGGAGGUCCUCGGCAGGGACCCCGGCCUGGACCCCCGGUGCCUCCGCGUGUGGAGCCGGCUGGCGGACGACCUGUUCGCCAAGACCCUCACCUUCCUGGGGGAGCGGAGGCUCGCCCCCAUACUGGAAGGGGGGGUCACGCAUGGGGUGCAGGAGGUCAUGUCCUUCAGCAGGGUCUUAUGUGCCCUGAAGGAGCAAUUUGGGAGCAACAGGCUGAAAGCUGCAUCGAAACACACUGACAGGGGAGAGGGCACCCCUGACACCUCCCAGAAAGCCCCCUCGGACCUUGCUACCACCUCAGCCCAGCAGGAGCUGCAGGCCAGGAAUGUUUUUGUGGUGGCCUACGUCUGGGGCUUUGGGGGCCACCUGCAUCCCAGACACUGGCCGCAUUUUGACGAGUUUGCCCGCGGUGCCCUGUAUGAGAGCCGCGACAGGGUGGCGCUGCCCGCGGAGGCCUCCGUGUUUGAGUACUUCGUGCACCUGAGUGACGGGCCUGUGGAAGCCCACGGCGGACCCCAGAACAGGAGUCUGCAGGUGUCCUGCAGCACCGUCCCCCAGUACGAGAGGUACGUGUUCUUACUGCGGCUGAUGCUGAAGGCCCGCCAGCCGGCUCUGCUGUUGGGGGAGCCGGGUUCGGGGAAGACCACCCUGUGCCAUUCUGCGCUGGGUCCCAAAGUGCCUCACCUGCGCCUCCCUGCCUGUGCUCUCCUGAGAGCAGCCCACCUGCGGGCUUUGCUGGAAGGCGUGGGCUGCCAGUCAGUGAGGUCAGACGCCAUGACGACCGUAACCAGGCAGCCUGGGCUGCUGCUCUUCCUGGAUGACCUGCAUGACGCCCCCUGUGAUGCUUAUGGGAAGGCGUCGAUGGCCCUGGAGACGCUGCGGCAGUGCAUGACCACAGGGGGCGUGCUCACCUCCUCCAGCCGUCACUUCCGGCUCUGCAGCUCCGGAGCGCUCAGCUUCCUGGCCUCCUGUGCCACGCCCGGGGAGGGGGGGUCCGGCUGCGGGGGCCUGUCCCCGCGCCUGUCCCGCCUCUUCUCUGUCCUGGCGCUGCCGGACCUGUCCGAGCCCCUGCUGUUCUCCAUCCACUCCCCCCGGCUGCAGCUCUGGCUCGGCGAGCUCCCCCUGGUGGCCGACAUGUGCGACUGCAUCCUCACCGCCACCCUGGAUCUGUACAGCGCCGUGCGCCAGGCGUUCCCGCCCCGCGCGGACAGGCCCCACUUCCUGUUCUCGCCGCACGAUCUGCGGAAGGUCUUCCAGGGGAUGUGCCUGUGGAGGCCCCCCUGGGGGGGAGGUGCCCCCCACCUCCGGGCCUCCCGCUCCUCCUCGGCCCUCGCCGUGGUCCGGCUCUGGGCACACGAGUGCCUGCGCACCUUUUGGGACCGGCUCUGCUCAGAGGAGGAGCGCGGGGAGGCGCUGGCGCUGCUGACCAAGGUGGCGCACAGGAACUUUGCCAGCAGGCUGGCCUCCGAGCCCAAAAUGGACGGCAAGGCGGGGGAGUCCGGCACUCCCAACCUGUCUGCGACCCGGGAUCCUGGAGAGGGAGAGGAGGAGGCGACGUCAUCGAGGGAGGAGUCCCCUGCCUCCUCCUUAGAGGAGGAGGAGGAGGAUGAAGACCACACAGAGACUGGGGAGCAGGGGAGCAGCUCCUUCGUCUCAGACAGCCUGAGUGAGCAGGACGCGCUGAGCGAGAUCCUCUCUGACGAGCCUGAGAUGGAGAGUGUAAACCACGGAGACACCGACACCCUGUCUGACACCUCAAGGACCCCUUCAACCGUGCAGCCCUCUCCCCGUAAAGCGGCCAGGCCCCGGAGUAAGCCGGACGGGAAGAGGAGCGGGAGGCUCGUCGUCCGGCUCCCACAAUGCACCAGUGCGGACCGAGCCGCGCAGGCAGAGCAGAGCCCGGCCGGCGCCAGAACGGCCGAGGAGCCGCUGCGCGACCUGGGGCCGUCCCUCCUGGACCCGGUCUUCGGUCCGGACCUCUCCGGGCCGCUCCACCUCCACGCUCGGCUCCGCAGCCUCAGACGCGACUCCGCCUACAGGGAGCAGGACGCGGAGGGGCUGGCGAAGCAGCUCGCCGCCGCGACGAGGCUUACAGAGGAAGAGGAGGGGGAGGAAGGGGACGCUGCCGGUUACGGGGUGCACGGGCAGGGGGUGCGCCAGCUGGCGCGCGUCCUCCGCGCCCUGCUCUUGCCCGGGGGGCACGGGGUCCUGCUCGGGGGGGCGAAGGGCACGGGGAGGAAGACCGCGGUGCGCCUGGCCGCCCGGCUGACGGGCUACCGGCUGCUGGAGGUGCAUUCUGGGAACGCGGCGGCCGCGUGGGACGCGCUCAAGGAGGCCGGCGCCCGCGCAGGGGUGCGGAGGGAGGGCCUGGUGCUGCUGGUGCACCAGAGCGCCAGCCAGGAGUUUAGGGAGGAGCUGCUGGUCGCCAUGGGCAACAGAACCUUCCCGACGCUCUACUCCUACAAGGAGUGGAAGAUCAGCAGCCUGGCCAAGGGCUCUCACAGACAUGAGGAAGACCACAGGACGGAGAGGUACUUUCGACAGGUCCCGUGGAAUGUGCACGUGUUCCUGCUGCUGCCCCUGGCCCCUGGUGGAGAGUGUCCUGGGGCGGGGGGGUUCUGGGCCAGAGCCCUGAGUCUCUGUAGCUGUGUGGAGGUCUACCAGCCCUGGACCACAGAGUCCCUCAUCGAUGUGGCCACUCACCACCUGAAGAGCUAUCUGCAGAUUCCCAACCUGAACCCCAAAGUAGAUGGGUCUUGCCUGGUGUUCAGUCUUUCCCAGGCCAUGGCUGGGAUUCACCAAUCAGCACGGAGAUACGCCUCUGUCCUAACUCCAGACCUGCAGCCCUUUGGUCCACAGACUUUCAUGGAGUUCCUGUCACACUUCCUGUUCCUUUGUGCGCACCUGUACGAUGAGGGGCGGAGUCAGGCCAACAGAAUGGCAGCCAUCUUAAGUCGAAUGAAGGAACUGACUGACCAGGCCGACCAGUACAGCCAGGAGGUGUCCAGCCUGAGGACAGAGUUCACUGAAGCCCAGCAGUGGCAGGCCCAGCUGCAGCGUGCUGUGGAGGCCAGCCAGGCGGUGUGUGAGCGCGCUCGGCAGCACUGCCUCCUGGAGGAGACGCAGCUGGCGCAGCUGGAGGAGCAGCUGCAGGAGGCGCGGCAGCUGUGCCAGGAUGCCUUGCAGCAGGUGAGCCCCCUGUACCAGGCGGCCCUGGAGGCCAUGCAGUCCCUCAGCCAAUCAGACCUGGAGGAGCUGCGGCGGUACAGGCGCCCGCCCGAGGGCGUGAUGGCGGUCAUGGACGUGGUCUGCGUGCUGUUCGGCCGCCCCUGCACCUGGGAGAGCUGUCAGCAGCUCCUGGGGAGGCCCAACUUCCUGCAAGAGCUGGAGUUCUACGACCGCUCGGCGCUGAGCGGGGAGCUGUUCGCGGCGCUGAGCGCGGCGGUGGCGCGGCCCGGGUUCGAGCCGGAGGCGGUGCGGGGCGUGAGCCGGGCGUGCGAGUCGCUGUGCCGCUGGGCGCGGGCGGUGCACCAGUACGCCCGCGCCCGCCGCAGCGUGGCGCCGCACGAGGCCCGGCGGGCGCGGCUGGAGGAGGCCGCCGCCCAGACCCGCGCGCGGCUCCGGGUGGCGCGGCUGCGGGAGGAGGAGGCGCGGGCGGGGCUGGAGGAGGUGGAGCGGCGGCUGGAGGCGGCCCGCCGCGAGGCGGAGGAGCUGGCCGCCCGGCUGCGCCGCGCCGAGACGCGGGAGAGGGACGCCGCCGCCGCCGUCCAGCAGGUGGCGCCACACAUCGCCGACUGGAGAGCUUCGGCACGGGACACAGAGAGGGGCAUCGGGACAGUCCCAGGGGACGCCCUAACGCUGGCCGCUGCCCUGGCGUACCUGGGUCCGUUUGGGCCCGACGUGCGCUCGGAGCUCCUGGGGAAGUGGCGCGAGCUGUGCCUGACGGGCCACGUCGAAACUGACCCCGAGGACCCCAGGACGGCACAGCUCUCCGCCCCGUCCCGCCCCGCUGCUCUGACCUCUCCCUACGUCCCCAUUCCCCUGGGAGAGGACCCGCAAGCGCUCGUGGGCCGGCUCGUGGGCGGGGUUAAGGGCGUGACUCAGGGCGUGGUCCAGGGCGUGGCUCCAGCGCUGUUGCUGAACCUGCUGCUGUGGGGCUGUAGGAACCGCGGGGCUCAACAUUGGCCCCUGCUGGCGGACGCGCAGCAGCGGGAGGGGAUGGCGGCCUCACUGUCGCUGGGCCAGUGCUCAGGGGGAAAGGGUCAGGCCCAGGGGGAGGAUGAGUAUGACCUGGUGGUCAGUGGCGAUGACCCCGCCCUGCUGGAUAAACUGAGAGAGGGGGCAGAGAAAGGUCUGACGGUGCUGGUGACUCACGUCGAGCGAGCGCGGCCGACCCCCGGAUUGCUGGGGUUGCUGGGGCGACGGGCCGGGCCCCCCCCCGCUGCCCGGCCGGGCUUCUCCCUCUCCCUCAGCACCUCCCUGCCCGUCGGGGCACUGCUCCGCGAGAUCCACCCCUUAAUCUUGGCCGAGGUGCGGGUGGUUGACCUCUCCUUGAGUGGAGCAGAGCUGCAGGAGUUAACGCUGGCCGAAAUGAUGCGGUCAAAGUGCCCCCAAAUAUGGUCGCAGGACUGCCAGUCGAGGGCAGAGAAACUGAUGCUUCUGGACCGACUGCGCCAGCAGGAGGCCUCUCUGAUGGAGUACGUCCUGCAGUCCUCCGCCCCUCUCCUGGAGGACCCCCGGUUCCUCCCGCGGGUGUCGGCCUGCCAGGCGGCCGCCUCCGGCCUGCGGGCGGAGCUGCUGGAGCUGGACCAGGAGCUGGAGCGGCAGCGCCCUCUGCUGGUGCGUCUCCGCGGGGAGGCGGAGCCUCUCGCGGCCUUCUACGGGGCGCUGCAGGACGUGUCCCGCCUCUCCCCGCUCUACCGCUUCCCCCUGCCCCGCUACCUGCUCGCCCUCCGGGAGGCCCUGGCUCUGCGGGAGGCGCCGGAUCUGACGUUCGGAGGGGAGGAGGGGGCGGGGCCGGGGACGGGCGCGGUUUCGGCGGACGUCCUGGUGGCCCACCUCACGGCGCGCUACCGGCCGUGCCUGUUCCAGGGCCACGCUGGCGUGCUGUGGCUGCUGGUUGCCGUGGCGAUGUCCCACCGCGGCGAAGCCCGCUCCGAGGCCGAGAGGGCGGCCUUCCUGCGGGGGCUGGGGGACGAGGACUUUCCUGGCUCCGCCCAGCCCACCCAAGCCCCUCCCACGCCACCGACGCAGCUCCCCGAUUGGAUCCCCCCCGCCAUUCAGGCGGAGGUCCUCCGCUUGGAGAGCCUGCCCUCCUUCGGGGGCCUGGUCUCCUCCCUCACCUCCUGCCCCGAACAGUGGGCGGAGUACCUGCGCUACCCCUCCUCCACCGUGAUCGGUCCCGUCCCGUGCCCCUCCCACUCCCACCUCUCCGUCCUGCAGCGUGCUCUGCUGUGGAAGACGCUGCUCCCUCAUUGGCUGGCCGCCGUGGCGAACGACUUGGCGGCCUGCCAGCUGGGGAAACCCUUUCAGUCGCCGUUGGCCAGCGGCCCGCACCCUGGUACCCCCGAGGCCCUGUCCCAAAUUUUAGACGAAACUGAGGGACCCGUCGUUCUCGUCCUCCCCGGUCCCAGCGAACCAGGACCACCGCCAGUUCACCCUCUGCACUGGGUAGAACAGGCUGCCCAGGGCCUGGCGGAGGACAGAAGGGUGAAGAGGGUGCAGGUGAUUUCCUUUGGGGCCGAGUGUCAGAGGGAGGUGGUGCUUAAGGCACUGGACUUGGCUGCGCAGGAAGGCCAUUGGCUGGUUUUCAAUAACUGUCAUCUGUUGGACCAAUGGGAUGAGGAGGUGGUGUGUCGGGUGACUCAGCUACUGUCGUGCACAGACGGAGGUCACGUGACCGAUGUGGAGAUGGGGGCGGGGCCUGCUGAAGGUGGGCCAUUUGGGCAGACGCAGACGCACCCCCGCUUCAGGCUGUGGUUCAUCACCCGGGGAGACGCACCCCUGUCUAUCCCAGCGGCGGUCCGAUCGUCCGCGCUCCGUCUGGCCUGCGAUUCCCCCUGGGACCUGAAGGAGGCGCUCCGCUGUUCUCUGCGCCAGGCGGCGGCGGCCGUGACCGACCCGGUGGAGGCGGGACCAGUCCUGCGCUGCGCCGUCCUGCACGCUGUCCUGCUGCAGAGGCGUACCUACGGGCGCCUGGGACAGGGGCGAGUGUACUGCUGGACCCGCGAGGACCUGCAGGCACUGCUGGAGGCUCAGGUUCGGACCGCCAGGCACUGCAGUGACCCGGUGGGGGCGCUGGAGUACUUAGCAGGCUCCCUGGUGUACGGCGGUCACGUGGAGGACCCCGCAGAUUUGGAGGCGGUGACGGGCGUGGCCAGGGCCUGCCUCAGGCCGCCCCCUCCGCUUUGGGGGCGGGGCUCACACACCCUCUCAGCGCUGGUUGCCCGCGGACGUUUCGGGCGGAGGGGCCUCCUGCAGGAGGUGGAGCAGCGCCUCCAGGCCUCCUCUCCCAGCACGGACCCCCUGCUGCUGGGCCUGAGCGCCGGGCUGGCCGAGGAGCUCCUGAGGAUGCAGAGUCACACGCUGCACCUCCUCCUGAGGGACUCCCAAACCGCCGGGGUCCAGCCCCGCCCCCCUGCGCUCCCUCCGCUCACACACAGCGCCCGGGACAGGCUGCGGGCGCUGAGGGACACGCUGGAGAGGGCCGGGGGCCGCAGGGUCACGCCCCAAACCCCGCUGGGCCUCUUCCUGCAGCAGGAGUGGGACGGUCUGGUCCGGUCAGCGGCCUCCCUGCACGGAACCCUCGCUCAGACUGACGGAAACCGCGCCCCCCGCCCCACGCUCCGCGCCCCCCACGCCACGCUCCACGCCCUGUCCCGCCUGGAGGCCCGGGCGGAGCUGCUGGGGGCGUACCUGCGGAAGGAGUCCCCCGAAACCCCGCCCUUCGCCUACCGGCUCUCGGCGUUCCGCGGCCCCCGCGGCUUCCUGGCGGCCGUGCUCCGGGAGGCGGCCUGCGCCGAAAAAAAGGGGGACCCCUCCCGCCUCUCCCUCCACUUCCAGGUGCUGAGCGCUGGGACUGUGCCUUCCUCCGCACCCCCGAGCGGGGCGUACCUGUGCGGGCUGGAGCUGCGGGGGGCGCUGUGGGACACCAGGCUGAGCGCCCUGCAGGACACCCUGUCCCCCAAACCCUGCCCCAUGCCCCUCGUUUGGGUGAGAGCCCGGACCGGGCCUCCGGACACCCCCGGGGGCGCCUCCUCCUCCCUGCCCCUCUACCACUGCCCCCUCUACCUGGACGGGCAGUUUGGGGAGGGGGACAUCGUCGCCCGCGUCCCACUGGCGGCCAAGCUGGAUCCUGUGCUGUGCACACUGAGACCGGUGAGGCUGGUCAGCACUCUGCAAGAGAGGCCACACCCACUCUGCACUUCAGGCCACGCCUACUCAGCACUUUAGGCCACGCCCGCUCCACACUUUGGUAAUGAGAUGAGAUCCACUUCCUUGCGUCUAGGGCUCCCACACCACAGACGCAAGGACUGCAAGUCCUUUCAACGGCCCAUAAAAAUAUUUGGGAACAGACUACUUAGGCAGUGUAAAAUAGUCUCAGUAUCCGAAAAAAAAUUUUGUCCGAGGAUCAGCUCUGUCAUACCCCAACCAUUUAGAGCAGAAUGAUGUAGAAUCAGUUUUUAAGAGCAAUAUUUAUGUGAAAAUGGUCAUGAAGCUUCUUAGGUUUGCAAGCCAAAACAUAUAAAAGGACUACAAGCACCUUAGAGUACAUUUUGUCCCCUUAUUAUUUUCCUUAACUUUAUUUUUUUCUAAAUGUGAGGAUGAGAAAUGUUUUAUGUAUGGGAACACUGUGCAUUACUGAAGAAAAUAUGGAGCCAGCUGAAUCAUAUCUGAUGUCAAUGACUCUAGUAACAUCACUACUUGCCAACAGACUAAGUGAAGGAAAAAAAAUAUUUUGUACAUUUAGUAGAUCAUUUACAGCAAAAUGAUUAAUAUACACCUUUAUGUACUUUCAAUAAGAAUCUUUUAUUUAAAAGCUUUUUGAAAAAUCACAUUACCACCAAUGAUAUUAAUAACAAAUAAAGAGUGUGAAAAUAGUUCCUGCA